AUGGCUGAGGUGGGAAAAGUUUUGGGUACUGACAUGGAACUAGCCAAUCCAAGAGAGGCUAAAGCAGUUGUCACUGAUAAAAUGGAGACAGAACCGGUGACUACUGUAACUAGAACCGAAACCGUCGUUGAAGGCUGUGAAAGCGAGCAAUGUUCAGGCCGCAAGACGCUAUUACAACUCGUUCCUGCUACCGCGUCUGAAUCAGAUGCUGCUUCUUCAGAGAAAGCACCAAAGAUCCCUGAGAGUAGUACCGUCUUGUCUUUGCAGUCUGGUUCAGAAGGAAGUAGCCCCUUUAUCCGCGAGAAAGUCAUGGAGGACGGAUACAACUGGAGGAAAUACGGACAGAAACUCGUUAAAGGGAAUGAGUUUGUGAGGAGUUAUUACAGGUGUACUCACCCAAACUGCAAAGCCAAGAAGCAGCUUGAACGGUCACCCGGUGGACAAAUCGUGGACACUGUUUACUUCGGCGAGCAUGAUCAUCCGAAGCCUCUUGGUGGUUCUGUUCCUAUCAACCAAGAUAAACGAAGUGAUGUCUUCAUCACAGCUGCGAGUAAAGGUAAGAACAGUGAUCACAUACUUCUGUAUAUUAAGAAACCUUUCUCUUAUGGUAUCAUGUUUGUAGAGAAAUCAUCUGGAUCAAGCGUUCAGACACAUCGCAAAACCGAACCACCUAAGAUUCAUGGAGGGUUGCAUGUUUCAGUUAUUCCAUCGGCUGAUGAUGUGAAAACCGCUAUAUUACAAUCAAGUAGGACUAAGGGAGACAGCAUUCACAAGGAUAGUAAUAGUCCUGUCUCAAAGAAAAGGAAGAAAGGAGGGAGCAUCGAGCAUCUUGCAAUGGAGAGGUCAAGCAAUGAAUCACGCAAUGUGGUUCACACUCAGACUCUGUUUGAUAUUGUGAAUGAUGGGUACCGAUGGCGUAAAUAUGGUCAGAAAUCAGUGAAAGGCAGCCCAUAUCCAAGGAGCUACUAUAGAUGCUCGAGCACUGGAUGCCCUGUCAAGAAACAUGUAGAGAGGUCAUCUCAUGACACAAAGCUGCUUAUAACGACGUACGAGGGGAAACACGACCACGAUAUGCCACCUGGAAGGAUUGUUACUCAUAACAACACGCUGGACUCGGAAGCUGAUGAGAAAGAGCCGAGUGGUAAAGACACAGAAGGCAACAAAACCACACAGAGCUCAGCUCUUGAAACCAUUGCAAAAGACCAGCGCGUCGAAGAUCUUCACUCAAGAAAGAAAGCCAAGACUAAUGGCUUCGAGAAAAGUCUUGAUCAAGGUCCGGUCUUGGUCGCGAAGCCAAAGGAGGAAGUGAAAGACAGAUCAGAUGUAACAACGUCAGAUGAUAAAACCACUGCUUGUCAUGAGAAUACAGCAAGAACCAUUGAGAGGAAGGAACAGACGCCCAUAGCAGAGUCUGGUCAAAGCUAA